CCGGCAAGAAAGUAAUAAAAAUAAUACAAAUUUUUCUUAAAAAAAACUAUAUUUUGUAAGUGAUAUUGCCUGGUCUCGGAGAAAAUAUUGAUCGCAGAUAUAAAUUGUUGCUAUCGAUAGUUUCAUAGCCAUCGCAGCCAUUGGAACUUACCAACACUGUUUGUAAAAGUACGUUUACACUCGGAAUUUUAGCAAAAUAAAUACGAAAUGGACGCGGAAGACACCGACUGGCAGAACUGCCUGGUCGAAAUCAAGGACCGCGGGCAAUAUCUGCUGCGGUCGGAGAAGUGGGCCGACUGCCGCUUCUUGGUGGGCACUCCGCCAAAUCAGCAAUUGGUUGCUGCACACAAGCUCCUGCUGGCCAUGGCGUCGCCCGUCUUCGAGACGAUGUUCUUUGGCAACCUACCGGACAAGACGGACCCCAUCGUCAUAUCUGAUGUGCAACCCGAGGCGUUCGAGGCCCUGCUGGAGUACAUCUACACUGACCGCAUCCACAUCACUUCCUUCGACAAGGCCUGCGAGCUGUGCUAUGUGGCCAAAAAGUACAUGCUGCCCCACGUCGUGACGCGCUGCACCCACUUCUUGUGGGCCGAUCUCAGCCCGAAGAACGCCUGCCGGGCGUACGAGUUCGCCAAGCUCUUCGACGAGCCGCGUCUGAUGCAGAGCAGCAUGGACCUGAUCGCCGCCAAUACCCGCGAAGUGUUAUCGGACCCGAGCUUCCUUGACAUCGAGGUGCCCACCCUGAUGGCCAUUCUCGACCAGAACCGGCUGAACAUCGAUUCGGAGCUGGACCUAUUCAACUGCCUUCUCAAGUUCGCCAACGAGCGCGGCAUGCUGAACGAGUCCGACCGCCAGGAGGACGUUAGCGGGGGGGAGCCGGCUAGGGAGUCGACCAAUGUCCUGGUGGAGGAGAUCAAGAUGGAGCCCGAUGUAGCGGCGAUGGUGCAGCACAUGCACCAGGACGAGGAAGGUGAGUCCAGCUUCGAGUCAGAUCCCUAUAGUCAGCCGUCGACCUCUGCAGCCGGAGUUGGGAUGGCUGCCUCCGCUGCCGAGGCAGCUGGCGCCUCUGCUUCCGCCGCCUCGCCGCCCGUCAACGUGGAGAUCGAUGUGGCCGCCGCCUCCGACGACGUGGUGAUCAUCGACAGCGACGCCUCGGGCGACGCAGCCGCCAACAUGAUCAACCUGAUGGAUGCCCAGCGCACAAUACUGGACGGAGCAAUGCUGCGCCAGGCGGUGAAAAAGAUCCGCUUCCUGACAAUGACCCCCAAACAGUUCGCCGAGGGGCCGGCGCGCUCCAAACUGCUGCAGCAGCACGAGGCCCUGGCCAUACUGAUCAAGAUCUCCAGCCCGACCCUCAACGACUGUGACAUGCCCGAGGGCUUCUGUGUGUCGCGGAGCAUGCGGAACUACUACGAGACGGGGCUGCGCAUAGGGAACCGGGAGCUGGGCUCUGCCUACCGUCACCCGAGCACGGUGGUCACUUCGGGGGUCUGCUUUUCGGGCGCCGGGCCGUCCGUUCGCAGUGGCGGCGGGCCGAUCAUGAUGAGCAACGCCCAGCCGGCCUACCCGCGCAUGGGCGCCGCCAACAACGCCUGCAGCUUCGGAUUCAGCGUCUGCGAUGAUCAGCAGCUGGGCAUACGGGCCCAGGACCAGAUGGGCGUGCCGGAACCAGCACCGCUGCCCACUGGAAUGCGAUGUUUUGGAGAUGCCUACGAGGGGGGACCAGUGGGGGGUCCGCCACCACCACCCAACGAGAACGAGCCAGCUGGAGGAGGAGGAGCAGCCGGAGGAGGCGCCGUGCCAGUAAUUGGAGGACCAGGAGCAGCAUCAUCAGGUAAUUCGCACAAUGAUAUGGUGCGCGCCUACUGUAAGCGCUCCCUUACCCGCCAGUUCGAUUUCCGCAACACGAGCGUCACGGAUGCUGGCGUCACCUUUCAAGUAGACACCAAUAUAUGGAUACUUGGCGUCCAAGUGCCCACGAGGGUGUUGUGUGGGGAGCUAAUGACCUCCGCCGGCUUCACCGAACGCUACACGGAGGUGUUGUACGCCCAUAUACAAGAUAUGCACGGUUCCCGGAUAACCUACACCCAUUGUACGGCCCGAGUCCGAUACGAUUCCCAGCUAGACCUCACUUUUGACCGGCCAGUCUACAUCUACCGCAACCAGAUAUACAAGAUCUAUGUCGUAUUCAACAAGACGGGGUGGUAUCCAAUGUACUCGUGCGUCCCCGACGCCAGCUGCCAUCGCGUCAAGUUCAUGUUCAACGUCGGACUACCGACCGAGUCUGUGCGCGACGGCCUCAUCUACGCCAUCAUUUUCUCCACCCCGCAGGAGCAUGGUCGGAAUCUGGUAGACUAGAGUUAACUUAGUUUAGGCUUUGUAUUUUAUUGUACGUGAUAGCUGGUAGGCUUUUAUGCUAGAAUUAGUUUGUCAAAUUGCCAGUAACCUUUGGUUAGUGUUCGUUCCAAAUUGUAUUUAUUUCGAAUUUACAAAUUGUAUCCCCAAAGCGGAAUGGGAUUCUGAUCCGAAUCCCAAACCGCCACUGCAAUAUCAUUAAGAGUUCACCUUUUCUGUUUAA